AUGGUCCAACAAGGUAAAUCUUACCGUCAUGGCAAAUGCGUGGCUCCUUAUAGGAAGCCAAUAGCUGCUAGCAGCGCAAAUAAGGCAUCUUCCUUUUUCAAAAGGAUGAAAUCAUUAUUUAAUCAGCCGAAUAAUGUUAAUACCGCCAAUAGUAACCCCAGUGGGUCUGACGGAAGAUCUGAUAGAGAAUCACAGCCUGAUACGGUAAUUCCUGGUGGAUUUUUCACGGCCGAUGUAUCGUCUAAUUCAGUUAAUUCCACUAUUCGCAAUGACACGAGUCACAGAGAACCAACAGACGUUAGCCGGAGCCGUAUUGCAGAAUAUGAUGAUUCGAAUGCAGACAGUUGUGCAGCUGAUGCUUCAAAUGCACGAUUGGCGGAAUUCUUUAGCAACAAAGGUGAUAUGCCCUUAACGGAUAUAGAAAUGGAGGGGGUACUGUCCUUAAUGAAGAAAGCCAAGAGAUCGAGUAGCGUUCAUAAUCGGUCUACUGCUAGUAGUACCAUUGGUGAUGAAUCAAUUGAUCUUAGAGCCUCCCGGGUGCUCAAGAGGUCUAGAACUCCAUCGAUAGCUACUUCAUCCUUCAAGGCGCCAUCCUUCAUUCCGAGGUAUGACAAUUCGAUGAAUUCGCAUACGCUGGGCAACGCCAGUCUUCGAUCUACCUCUUCCAGAAGACGGGUUUUCGACUAUUCCAAUUUCUCCAUGCCUUAUAAAACAGUUGUUUACAAAUAUAGUGCAGCGGAUAGCAGAGAUGGGAGUAGAGUAUCAAGCACAUCUUCCACUUCCGGAACUCAGGCCAAAAGUUUUGGUACUUCUGCGAUCCAAGCACAAACUCUUUCCCCACCCAAAAAAUUGAGUAACACAGCAUCAGCCCUUGUCUCGCUUCUCGAUAAUGAACCAGCGAAAGAAGGGAAAACUGCCCAAUUCUCGAAUCCUUACUCGUCAUUGGUCAACCCCAUUCGUGACUAUAGAAAGAAUUUGAAUGCACUACCCAAAGACUCGCCAGCGGCUACAGCACAGGGCUCGAAACCUGAGGUUACUGUUGAGAUGCCAGAUAGUAAAGAAUCAUCUUCAUCCGAAAUACUUCCAAAACAGAGACAAAAAAACCAGCAGAAAAGCUCUUUGGACAGGUACAAGCCUUCGAGAUCAUCAUCACUAAGGUCCAGUAUGGUUACAGUUGAUACCCCUGCAAAAGAUCGCAAAGAAGAGGAGGAAGAACCACAUGUUCCAUCGGCUGCUAGAUUUACUUUCACAGUCAAUCAUGGCGAAGGUGACGCUGAAGCUGCGAAGAGAGCACCCACCAAACAACAAGGUGCUUUUAAAUUUUCUUCUGGCGACUUGAGUGCAGAAUCCGUGACAGCGGCUCCUGAGGCUAAGGACGAUCAAAUAGCGCCCAACAAUAUAUUUGCACAAGCUGGGAAUGGUGAGACUACUGCCAAGGAGUCUCUUGAACAACGCAAGAAAAAAGACGCAUUUUAUGACAAUUCCAGUGCUAUUUCGCAAUCGAUGAAUAAUGGCGUUUUAUCGAAAAGUGAGGAGUUCAAAUUUGAAGAACCUCUUCCUUCCGGUGUUGCCACAAAUUCAAUAGAUGAGGGCAAAGUUGCCGAAUUUAGAUCGAUGUUUAUAUUUUAA